UUCCAAACCACUCACUCACUCCAAUCCUCAUCCCAUCUUCUCCUCUCCUUCAUCCUCAUCCUUCCUCUCUCCUCUCUCUCCUCUCUCUCCUCUCCCUCGUCCUCUCUUCCUCUUCCUCUUCCUCUUCCUCUUCCUCUCUUCCUCCUCCUCCUCUUCCUCCUCUCCUCAACUUCGCUGGCGUUGACCUCCUUGUCAUCUCCAUUUCCAUCCCUAUCCUAAUCCCUCUCUCUUCUCUCCCUCCCGUGUGUGCCCUGGAGGACUAGGCUGGUGGAAGGUCUUGAGGUUGCUGUUCAUUCUCCUUCGUUUUCUUGCCCCCUUCUAUUCCUUUCUUCUAUCUCGGUCUUUUUUUUUCUUUUUCUUUUUCUUUUUCUUUUUUUUUUUUAAUUCCCUUUCCCUUCCUUUCCGUUCUGUUUAUAUAUUAUUUCCUGUCUGUCAGUCGUUAUUCUUUCGUUUCUCUAUGGCUUGAUCCAUUCUCUUCUUCUUGAUCUUAUAUCCUUCGUCUUCCUAAAACCUCCCUUGCUCCCUUGCUCCCUCGCUCUCACUCCCCUGAACAACUUGGGAUCCUAAUCUCGCAUUGUCUGUCUCCUUUCGAACAAACCCCCCUCCUCGCGUCUCGAUCUCCUCGUCUGUACGUUCGUUCUAUACUAGCUGCUUCCCUUGGAACCUCAACAUCAUAUAAUCUUACCGCUACCCCUGCAUAAUCUUUUAAUUUAACCGGCAAUUCUGGUCUUGAUUUGUCCUAUUUGGCCUCCACUUUUUUCGAUAAACAGAACGUUGUGGCGGAUAUCUGGCUUCGAAUCCCCUGUCUCUCCUCUUGACUCCGUUCCACAUUCUCUUGGCAUCUCCCCAUAUGAGUCCUUUUUUCUUUGCUCUUCAAUAAAGAAAUACGUGUGUUAUUCCAAUCAUGGCUGCACUGGUACAAACGAUCCCCCAGCAGACCAGUUCCAUCACUUUGCUGCAGCCUCGCCCCUCCUCCUCUACUGCCUCCUUCCCUUCCUCCGCGACUUCUACUCUCCAACAGCAUUCACAAAUGGCUCGAAAUCAGCAGCCGUCUAGGGCAUCAUAUAACAAUGUACUGGGACAUGGGAAUGGGAGUGGGAGUGGGAUGGGUUAUAGGGCCUCACAGGCUGGACAACCUGUUGCGCCUUAUGCUUUCACUAGUACCCCAAGUUUGACCAACACUGGCAGCUCUCACACGCGUCAGAAUGCCCCUCACCUCCUGAAAACGGAGCAUAGAGCGGUAUCUGCGCCUUCGGCAUCACAGUCCCAAGCAAACCCAACAUUCCCGGGCGUAAUCCCCUCUCGUGUGCAUUUCCCUGCUGCUGGUUCGGUAUUUAAUUCUUCCCCCAACAUCCCUUCUUCCGUCAUAUCCCAAGGCUCAAAAGACGACUCUGCAAUCCCAACGAAACAAUGGACCAAUGAAUCCGCUGCUCGCCCACUAUCUUCAAUGGGAUCCACGCCUUCGCUUUCUUCUACAUCUCCUACUACCUCCACGAAACCCUCUCCAGAUCGCUAUCGUCGUGGCCAACGACGCACUGAAUCCCAGAAUGGAGCUGGGAAUGUUUCAUCGUUUCUAGCGAGUGGACUCUCACAGCCAAGUUUUGCUCCCGGUGUAAAGGAGGGGAACGCCCCAUAUCACUCUCGAGUUUCUAGUGCAGAUGAUGCAUUCACUGCCAAUCCUCAAUCAUCAGAGCAGGCCAAGCGUUACAGGCGUAGAAGCUUGGGCAGUUUAGACAUAACGGGCUUGCCGAACCUAUCGGAACAAAAGCCAGCCGCUGAACCGCUAAUGUCUUUAGUCACCAAGGACUUUACCCUAGAAAGUCCAGAUCAACGUCCCCAUUCUGCUCAUACAUACUCUCAUGCACACAAGGGUAGCACUGAAAGUGUCUCUUCCACACGAUCUUCUCCUCCGACUGGAAAACGAGCUCCUCCAGUAUCAUCGUCCACCACCCUGAAACUAGAUCACAAACUCAUUGACAAUUCGAAACGUGCCACGAAUCCUUCUCCUUUGUCCCAACCGAUAGACAUGAGCCCCGAAUCCUCAAAGCCAAAGCCCACCACUACCACCAACCCCGCAACCGAGUCAUCUGGUCCAAUGCAAGCACAGCCCCCAUCGCCCUCCACACAAGCUAAAGUACAUAGUCCUGCCGCAAAGCGCCUGACAGAAUUAUCAAAGAAAGGAUUCCAUAAAUCUGGAAAGUCGAGACUGCGAAGGGCCCUGUCGUUUGGCAGCGUUGCAGAGCUUCGAGCCGCGAGCGCCCAGGAACCUAUACCACAAGCUGGUCGACCUGGCCAGGAAGUGUCGCGGAAGCAACAACUUGACGAGGAAUUGGGCGCGGAGCAAGCUGCAAUUGCAGAAAAACAAGAGGCCAAUGGACUUGGUGAAAACAUUUAUUCAGGGCAAGGUCACAUAUUUUCGGGGUCGAUGGAUAAUCUGUCUAUUUCUUCCACUGCAUCCUCGGCUUCGAUUAUGCUGCGGAAGAUGGGAAAGGGCGUUAGAAGGUCAACUCGAUCACUCGUCGGGCUCUUCAGACCUAAAUCGACGCCCAAUCCCGAAGGGGAUACAACCGCGCCCGUAGAACCUAUGACGCCUCAGGUAUCCAUAGUAAAUGUGGAAGCAGAGCGUGGUAAUGGGCAACAGGCCAGCAAUAACACCGCGUUAGAAGAGGGCAAUGAUAUUAAUAACGAUAAUGAACCAGGAGCACCACCGUCAGCAAAGGGACGUUCUUCUGUGGAAUCUGGUAGCACAGCCACAGGAGGUGACCAUAGCAGUACUGACAGCAUUAAAGUGGCCCGCAAGAGCAUUUUGGGAGGUGAAAAGGAACGUGCCGAAGUUCUCGCCGCAGUGAGAAAGGGAAUUCUGAAAAGUGAGCUUAUCCCUUGAUAACUGGUAUCCGUGGACUAUACCCCGUCUAAUAUUGCUUGCUGACUUUGGCACAUAGGAUCUGGUGCUGGUUCCAACACUUCGUCUCCUACCCUUCGGCCGGUUGAGUUCAGAGGAGGAACUGACGUGAUGCCUGUUCCUCACAUCCACGACUCUCCCCACUCCAGCGCCCCAAGCACUCCCAACGGAGAUCGUGAUCGCCCCCCGCGCUCAGGCCACCGAAGAACCGAUUCCGUCACCAUUGAAGGAGAAGAUUACUUUCUCCCUGCUGGCCGAUUUGGCACUACUGACUCCUCAAGUGCACCCGUUACACCACAAACUGUCACCGCGCGGAACAUAUCAUUCAGUCCCCGCAUCCAAUUCCACGAUACCUGGCCCAGUGGCGAGUAUGACCGUCGUGGAGAUAUCGCGACUUGCAAUCGGCUGACGCCGCUAUUGGCGCAGCAGAUUAAAGAAGAACUUAAUACUUUUAAGAUGGUUAGCCGACGCCUCCCCAAAUCUACGCGCACAUAACUAUAUGUAUAUGCCUAGUAACUAACUCCCAAUUCUUCUACGUUACUUAGGAAAUGGAAGUCCACGAAUCCUCAAAGGUUUAUACACAUUUCUUCUAAUUGUGGAAAGCGACAUAAAAGGUAAAAAAGAAAAAAGCUGCAACUGCAUUAUAACCUCGUGGCGACGGGCGUUUUUCUCUCUCCAUUUUUCCCCUUUGAGCACUUGGUUGAUUGGCUGAGUGUUUCGGUUUCAUGUGUCCCUCUGACACCCAUCCCGUGACCGGACAUUGAAUUCCCUUUUUUCAUCAUUGCUCUGUUGUUGCUCUGCUUUGCCAACGAAACGCAUUUUGCUCGCACCUCUCUUGAUUGUUUUAUGAUGAUCCUUUUUUUUUUUUUUUUUUUUUUUUUUUGAGAGAGAGAGAGAGAGAGAAGUACAUCCUUUUAAGUACGCCUCUUGUUUUUCUUUCCUUCCUAUCUCUCUCUUCUCUAUCAUUUUUUCUGUCUCAACCAAGCAAAUGUCAGCUUUCAUUUUUGUUUUCUUGUUUUGUUUUGUUUCUUUGUUUGUUAGCUAUUAGCUAUCAUCUCCUUUCUUCAUCUUCAUCAUCUCUGGUUCUGUUUUCUGUUCCGUCUUUUCCUUAUCUUUCUCAGCUUACUAGCUCUCAUGAUUUUCCUUCACUAUAUCUUUGCCCGUUUUAAUCGUAUCCAGGCCAAGCCAAGUUUUGCUGUCUAAUUAUUUUAUUGUAUCUCCUUUCUUGUAUUUUCCUUCUUUUCAUUUUAUCUCUUUCUAAUUAAUGGGCUCAAAUUUUGUUUUCCUUUAUUUUUCUUUUGCCAUGUAUUGCAGCCUGUGUGUAUGUCUGUGUACUCUGUAUGUGUGUGGUGUUCCUGCUGUGUGUGCCAUCUUAUGUAGCUAGCUAGCGUGUUCUAUUCAAGGCAUGUUUACUUGAUCUUUUUUCUUUACAUAUCUUGUCUUGCAUUCUUUUUCACACUAGAGCUACACUCAUUUCUUAGUCUACUUCUCACUUGUUCUUUACCUCUUCACUAACAUUUUUCUUCCCUUUCUGUUUCUUCUUAUCUAGUUUGGCCCGCGAGUCAUUUUCAAAGCCUGGAUGCUUUUGACUUUUUCAGUUUUUAAAUCUAAUACCAUCUUCUCUUCUGUUCACAAAAUAGUUAUUUUCACCCCCACAGAGGUAGAGUUCUUUAGUUUUCUUUUUAUUUUAGCUUAUGCUGCUAGAAGUUGCUGUUGCUUUUACAAUCCUGCCUAUCACUGAGCUUGUGGCUAAUUCAAAUAUCAAUCUCAUCUUCUCAAAAAGAAAUUUUUUUUUCUCUUUCCUCUUAUUUUCUUUCUUUCCACUUCUCUAUAUUGUCUUCCAUGUGUACUAGUUCUUUUCUUCUUGUCUCUGGCGUAAUUUUUUUUUUUUUUUAAAUUCUCAAAUCUUUUCCCCUUCUUUACACAAAAACUUUAGAAAUAGUGAAGUAAUCAAGUUUCAAAGUGGUAACCAUUGAGAAGAAGCACCUUUUAAAAGCAAUA